AUGUCCGUCGCUGCCGGCGUCGCCCUCGCCGUGGCCGACGCCGUGUGGGCGCAGAUCAAGGCCGCGGGACACGCCACCGACGAGCACCUGUCCAUCCUCGACCACCUGUUCGGCAAGAACAUGCUGCGCGCCUGCAAGAUCCUCGACGAGGGCGGCGUCCGCCGCGUCACCGGCGCGCCCAGCGGCCGCUCGCUCUUCCUGGUGAUGGGGGAGUCCAAGAGGAAGGAGGAGUACAUCUGCUUCCCGGAGCACCUCUGCACCUGCUACUCCUUCUUCUAUGACAUCGUCGGCCGCGGUGCUCUCUUCAUUUCUUUCUUUGUUGGGAGUGGUGCAAUAGAGGAUUGCUCAAGGUAUAGUAAUUUUUAUUCUACCAAUACCUCCGUCCUCGUCCUCAUCACGAUGCCGCCUUGGUCCAUCAUCACGGGGAUGAGCAUCCUAUCGUGGUCGAUGAGGCAAGUCACUGCGAGCAUCAGAACCAUCCUCGAACUCAGCAUCAUUGUCGUCGUUGGCAAUGUCCGCGUCACGGACGUGUAG